GCUUAUACACACACAUACAUAUAUACAUCAUCAUGGCUCUUCACCUCACUUGGGUUUUCGUUUUUGGCAUUUUAGGAAACGCUGUUUCAUUCAUGGUCUCCUUGGCUCCACUGCCUACAUUUUAUCAAAUAUACAAGAAGAAGACAUCGGAAGGUUUCCAGUCGAUUCCCUACGUGGUUUCGCUCUUCAGCGCGAUGCUUUGGAUUUACUAUGCACUGCUUAAGAAAGAUGCUAUGUUCCUCAUCACCAUCAACACGUUCAACGUUUUCAUUCAAAUUUUUUACAUUGUUACUUACUUUUACUAUGGCCCCAAGAAGGAAAAGAUUGUGACAGUGAAGCUUAUGCUUCUCUUCAAUGUUUUCGGAUUCGGAGUUAUCUUUCUCUCAACUUUCUUCCUAUCAAACCCUUCCAUUCGUCUCCUAGUGUUGGGUUACAUUUGCAUGGCAUUCGCUCUGGCAGUGUUCGCAGCACCUCUCGCAAUUGUGAGAAAAGUGAUUAAAACGAAGAGCGUGGAGUACAUGCCAUUUACUUUAUCAGUGUUCCUUACCUUAGGAGCUGUCAUGUGGUUCUUAUAUGGCCUUUUCUUAAAAGACAUGAACAUUGCCGUUCCGAACAUUCUGGGGUUCAUCUUUGGUGUUCUUCAAAUGAUACUUUACGCAGUUUACAGAAACCAUCCCAAGAAAACAGUGGAAGAAUCCGAUCCAAAGCUUCAAUUAUCCGACCACUCAGUCAUCGUCGAUGCCUCCAAGCUCGGCUCCGAUGUAUCGAACAACAAUGGAAGGGAUGAUGCUUUGAACAAAGUUUAAAAAAAUUAAUUACAUAUUGUGGGUGCUAUUUAUGAAAAGCGGUUUCCACUUGGAGAUGUCUUAAGCUUACGUGUUUACUUUGAUUUUGCAUGGGAAAAUCUGGGAUGAAGUUAACCCAUGCAAAAACGAUAACUUUUUU